AUGAUGGAUGUUUAUAAAGAAGAGAACGUCGAUUCAUUGAAUCAUCCAGAGGAAGAUUUUUCAAGAAACUCAAAUAUAAACGACGAAUAUUCAGAAUCGCAUUUAAGAGAUAAUGUGUAUGAGGAAAGAGAAGAUGAAUAUGUAAAUAAUCAUAACAUGAUGGAUGAUAUUCAAAUAAUGGUAGACGAACAAGAUAAUAACAAUAAUUACGAUAAUAAUAAUAAUUAUUAUGAUGAUAAUAAUAAUUAUUAUGAUGAUAAUAUUAAUUAUGAUGAUAAUAUGAAUUAUGAUGAUAAUUAUGAUAAUGAUAAUAAUUAUGAUAAUGAUAAUAAUAAUAACAAUAAUAAUAGUUACUAUGAUUAUAAUCAAAAUGCUUAUGAAGACAACGAACAAUAUGAUGAUUAUAAUGAUAAUAAUAAUAAUAAUAUUAAUAAUGAUAGUCAAUAUACCAAUGAGAUUCAACACCAUGAGAAAGAAUUAUAUGAUAUGUCGUAUGAAAACAAUUUAAAGAAUGAUGUAUUAUUAAAUAUAGAUAAUAGAAAGAAGAAAAGCAAUAAGUAUGAUAAUUUGGUUAACAGUAAUAUUAAUAAUAAGAAUAAUAAUACGACUACUUCAAAUAAUAAUAAUAGUAAUAAUAAUAGUAAUCAUAAUAGUAAUCAUAAUAGUAAUCAUAAUAAUAGCAAUAAUAAAAAUAAUAAAAAUAGUAAAAACCAGGAUGUGAAAGAUAUUCCAUAUUGCUCAUUUAAUAAUUUGCAAGAAAAUGAAGAUAAGGAUGGAGAUAGAACAGGAGAUGUGAAAAGUAAUAAUAAUAUGUUAAGAAAGAAAAACAGUGAAGAAGAUAAUGCUUAUAACUUAUUUAAUAAUGAGAAAUUAAAAAAGCUUGAGAAGAAGAAAAAGAAAUUAUUAGAAAAGAAUAAAAAGAAGAAAAAAGAAGAUACAUUAGAUGAUAAGAAAUUUAGCGAAGUAUAUAAUUCAAUAUAUGAGAAUUUAAAGAAAAAAAAAGAAGGUAAAUAUAAUAAUGAUGAUAAUAAGGAUAUGAUGUUGAUGAUGGAUGAUCAUAAUAAAAGUAAUGAUAAUAAUAAACAUCAUAAGAAUAAUAAUAAUAAACAUUAUAAUAAUGAUGAUGAUAAUGAUUUUUAUGAAAUAAAUUAUAAUUCAUCUGAUAAUAUGAAUUCUGUUUCAAGUGUUGAAGAAGAUACCUUAUUUAAUGAUGAUGUUUUAAAAAAAUAUAUUAUAGGACAAGUAUUAAAUAUUAUAAGAACAUCUUUUCAUUGGGCUAUCACAUCGUUUGUUUUAUUUUUUUUAUUUGAACAUUUUUCGAUAUUUUAUGUAUAUAGAUUAAUAUCAUUUUUGACUUUAUUUUUGUUUACACCUAUAUCUAUAUAUUUAGUGAAAAGAAGAAAUAUCAAGUUUUUUCUCAUCUUUACAAAUACAGUUAGAUUAUUAAUAUGGGGAUUUUUUAUUCCAUUUUUAUAUUUCUUAUAUAAGAGUGAAAUAAAAAAAUAUUACGUUAACAGGACAUAUGAAUUUUUGUUUAGUUUCUUUCUUUUAUUAGAUAAUAUUCAAAUUAAUAUAUCGAACUUAAUUGAUAUUGAUAAUAAUGGAAUUGAUUUUUUAUCCAAAAAAUAUGAUUUAAGAAUUAAUGAGAAAGCCAAGAGGAAAUUUUUAACAUUACAUCAAUUUUUUUUCGAUGCUUCUUUUAUUGUUGUUAAUCCUUUGAUUAUAUUUGUUAUGUAUUUGUUUAGUAAUUUAUUUAAUGAGAAUUAUUAUAAAGAUGUUUUUAUUUAUACCUCAUCAUUUAUCUUUUCUGUUAUUACAAUAAUUACGUUAGUUGUAUAUACAUUAGGAUUAGAAAAUGCAGAUAAUAAUCAAGGCAAUAGAAAUAAUGAUUAUUCAACAAAUUAUGAAGAACAUAAUACGAAUGAUAGUAUAGAAGAUAUAAAUGAGGAUAUUUCUUAUAAUAAUAAUGAAGACAAUUUUGAUAAGUAUUAUGAAAAGCAAAAACAAAAACAGAAAUAUAAAAAAAAAGAAUUUCAUUCAUCACAUUCAAAUAGUAUAAACAAUGGAUAUACAGAUACAUUUAAUAAUACAUAUCCGAAUAUAUAUAAUGAUCAAACGAAAAAAUAUUUAACAGAACGAUCAAAUUUAGAAUAUAUGGAAUAUGUAAAUGAAAAUUAUUCUUUACAAGAACAAUAUAAAAGACAAUUUACUGAAUUAAUUAAUAAUAUACAUAUUAUUAAAAAGGAAAAUACAUUAUUGUUUUAUACUUGUAUGUUGUCAUAUCUUAAUAGUGUUGAAGAUAUUAUGAUUCUUAUGUUGAUACCAUUAACAUCUAUAUAUGUAUCUGAAUUCUUUUAUCUCAAUAAUAUAUUUAUACAAAUAUUGAUGGCUGUAAUAUUAAUAUCCUUAACAAAGUGUUUUGAAAAUAUUUCCUAUUAUUCAAAUAAGAAGAAUAUAAUAGCUCUCAAGGAUAUAUUCAUAGGAAUUAUCUUGUCCGGAAUUUCUUUAGUCCUAUUUUUCUUCCCCUUCUUAAUGUUAAAUCAUUUGAACAUUUACAGCUUUUUAAUAUUUUACAUAAUUUGUUGCCUGUUUUAUUUUUUCUUCUCGACCAAUUUGAAAACAACGCUGUCUCUUAAUUUGCAAAAAACCGCGCGAGAAACCAAAUCAGAUAUUUACAAUUUUGUUGGUUUAUUCAUGUCCUUUGUUAAUUUAAUUUUUGUUAUUUUAACUUCUUUCUUUUUAUCCAUCUUAGACAAUUUUGUUAUCAACUAUGUAUUCAUAUGUAUAUUUUUAAUAAUCCUUUUAGUUCUUUUUUAUGCAUGGGCUGUUUUUAUAUUAAAGAGAGGAAACAACUCAAAUUAA